ACUUCCUCCUUGGACGACAGGUGUAUGUAAGGCAAAGAACCUUUCCUGUCAAACACAAGUGAGGCGUAGAAGUGAAAGUAAACCAACCGAGGAAAACAAGCUAAAAGCAGAGAUCAGCAAGAUGGCUUCAAACGUCCCACAGUCUGAGGCCGAGUGCACAUGUCCUGUGUGCUGUGACAUAUUUACUGAUCCUGUUCUGUUGCUGUGUGGCCACAGCUUCUGCCAGCAUUGCUUACAGGAGUGGUGGAGACAGAGCUCACAGAGGACAUGCCCGGUCUGUAAGGAAAUGUUUCAUAUGACUCAUCCGCCUCGAAAUCUGGCCCUGAGAAAUCUGUCUGACUCAUUGAGGCAGGAGAGGAGCAAGAGAGCUGGAUCCAAGGAGAUUUGUUUGUUGCAUGGUGAGAAGUUCAAACUCUUCUGUCAGGUCGAUCAACAACCCAUCUGUGUGAUCUGUCGGGAUUCGAAAACACACACAAAACACAAAUGUGUUCCCAUUAAUGAAGCAGCAGAGGAGUACCGCGUUAAAAUCCAGACAAAUGUUAGCAGCCUGAAAACUAAGCAGGGAGUUUUUGAGAAGCAAAAAACUGAUUGGGAGAAUAUGGCGACACUCAUCAAGCUACAGGCUCAGCAGACAGAGAAAACCAUCAAAGGAGAGUUUCAGAAACUUUAUCACUUCUUGAGAAAUGAGGAGGCAGGCCGGAUAGAUGAUUGUCGGAGAGAAGCAAAACUUAAGAGUGACGCAAUGAAUGUCAGGAUUACAAACCUAACCGCAGAGAUUUCUGAGCUCAAGGAAAAAAUCAAAACCAUAGAAGAUCAGAUGAGAGCAGAAGACCUCUCAUUCAUCCUGAGUGCAAAAUCAACACUGGAAAGGAAGGUUUUCUGAACUCUUCAUAUUGGAAUCAACCAGAGGAGGGUAGGUUUGUCAAAAAAUUGUACUCCAAGUACGAGUAGAACCACCUCAACAUGUUUAUCAAGUAAAAGUGAGAAGUUGUUUUCUAAGAAAUCACUCAAGCAAGAGUACAAAAGUAUUUGGUGAUAAGGCUACUUAAGCUGGAUGUAGGAUCUGAUGUAGUAUUUUAAAAUGAUGUCAUCAGACAGACAAAAAUACAAAGUUAUGUACUGUUAUUUUAAAGACCAAAAUGAAAAGACAAAUCAGGUGAUAUCAUUCUUACAAAAGAAAAUGCAGGUAAACUUUAGGUAUUUAGAUUUAGAAAUGUGUUC